AUCAUAGGGGUCCUCCAGGUUGUGGGUACAACUUGCUGGCCACGUAGGAACAAUUGAGUUGACAUCAACAACUCCUGGAUGUAGGGCAUGAGUCUAAGCAGAUAUUUAUAUUAAGCCAAAUUCUACCACAGAGGAACAAAAUGAAAGUUAAAGAAGUAAGUGAAACUGCCAAUGUGGCCUGGUCUCCAUCAGAUGUAUACCCGGCAUAUUUGGCUUGCGGUACGAGUGCACAGCAGUUGGAUGCCAGUUUCAAUACAAGCUCUACGCUCAGAAUCUAUGACUUGAAUAUUGGUCAAACCAAUCUAGAUAUGAAACUUGCAGCAUCUGUUGAAUUGCCUGCUAGAUUCCAUGCUUUGAAAUGGAGUGGCCUGGGAGGUGAGCGGACUGGCCUCAUAUAUGGAGGGUGUGAAAAUAAGGCCAUGUAUGUCUAUGAUGCAUCAAAAUUGAUGAACAAAGCACCUGAUUACCAGGUGUGCACAACAGAGGGUUUGCACUCUGGCCCAGUCUUGACUCUGAGCUGCAACUAUAUGAAGGCAAAUUUUGUAGCUUGCGGUUCCUCUGAUUCUGAAGUAACAGUUUGGGAUAUCACUAAUCUCAGUGCCCCCAUCAUACCUGGAAAAAAACUCUCCCUUGGUGCAAAUGUAUCUUGUGUUGAAUUUAACAGACAAGUGGAGCAUAUCUUUGCAUCUACCUGUGCUGGACACUGUGUUGUGUGGGACCUUAGAAAACAAACCUCUAUCAUGACUAUCUCUGACACGGUUUCAAGGAUGAAAGCAAGCAGUAUCAUCUGGAACCCCAGUGUGGCAACACAGUUACUACUAGCCAGUGAUGAUGACACUACACCAUGGGCUCAAGUUUGGGAUCUUCGUUAUGCUACUUCUUCUCUCAAGACACUGGAGGGGCACCAGCGUGGCAUUGUGAAAACUGCUUGGUGUGUUCAUGACGGAAAUUUGUUGAUAACUGCAGCAAAGGAUAACAAAAUUUGUGUGUGGAAUCCAAAUGCAACAGAACGUGGCUUAGAAAUUGUUGGGGAGUUUCCUUCCUAUAACCAGUGGUGUUUUGACAUGGACUGGGGUCAGCGGGAUCCUUCCUUGGUUGCUGUGUCAUCUGUUGAUGGCUGUGUUAGCAUAUACUCCUUGUUAGGUAGUGGUCAGCCUCCCACUCAGUCAGAUAAAUUUUCACAGAUAGCAGACUCAUUCCCAGGAAUGGAAAUGCCUGCUGUUGCUCCUCAGGGAGCCACACCACAACCCAUUAGACUGAGAAACCCUCCAAAGUGGUUUGCUCGAACUGCUGGAGCAAGUUUUGCAUUUGGAGGGCGUUUAUUGUCCUGGAACAACCAGAGUAAGAGUGUAGAAAUUGCCCAAGUUGUGACAGAGCAAGCUUUGGUUGAACGCAGCAUUCAGUUGGAGGCGGCACUCUCACAGCCACAUUUUGCUCCGUUUUGUCAAGCUAAAGCUGAAGCAGCUUUUCAGCCAAGUGAUCAGAUACUGUGGCAAUAUAUUGGUGCCAACUUUGAUUCUUCACCCCGUAAUAAGUACAUGGAGCUGUUAGGUUACUCUCCUACACAAGUAUCUACAAAGAUUCACCCAUUGAUUUCUGAGACUGAAGGAUUCAAUGCUGAAUUUUUGGCUGACAAGAUGGCUGAUCUAGCAACAAAUGAGGGCAGCACCAGCUCCCUAGACCCUAGUGAACAAUUUGAAAUGAUUGCUUCUGGACAGUCAUUUGACAAAACUCCUGAAACUGAGGUGAGCGAAACAGAAGCAGAAGCAAGUCUGCCAAUCAUUCAGCUGGAAGUUGAGGAGAAAGAGGAAAACAACCAUGGCUUAAUAACGCAAGCUUUAUUAGUUGGGGAUCUGGAGUCCGCUGUUGAGUUGUGUAUCAAGGACAGAAUACACCCACAUGCACUGAUCCUUGCAGCUCAAGCAGGACCGGAGCUCUUUGCUAAGACUCGAGAUGUUGUGUUGGCCCAAGUGGAUGGCAGUUUAUCAUCACUGGUGAGUGCAGUUGUCCGUGGUGACUUGACUUCCAUCACUACUACUUGUAAUCUCAGCAAGUGGAAGGAAGCUUUAGUUGCAGCUCUAACAUAUUCCAAUGAUGAGCAGUUCCCUGCCCUUGCAGAGAGUCUGGGGGAACGUCUUGAAGCCAAGGGAGAUCCUGAAUCAUUACUGUCAGCAAUGAUCUGUUAUGUCUGUGCUGGGAGCCUGGAGAAGUUUGUUUCCUGUUGGAUUAAGACACGACCUGAGACAAAUCAGCCAAAUAAUUUGCAGGACCUAGUAGAAAUCAUCAUGGGACUGCAACAAUCCCUGUCAGCUGCAGGUCGGCCUACUAACCUGAGUGAGGGCAAUGCUGUGAGCUCCCUUCUCUGCCAGUAUGCAUCUCUCCUUGCUGCACAGGGUUCACUUACUACAGCAGUAUCAUAUUUAAAUUCUGCUACUCAGGGGGAUAUGGUUGAAUUAAGAGAUAGAUUGUAUCGUGCACUUGGCUAUACUACUGGGACUAGCAAUCAUCCAAGUUCACAGACAGCUACUCGCUCGUCAAACUUAAGACGAACUUCCACUCCACAGAAUUACGUUCAGUCUCAGGAUAGGGUGUGGGUUAACUACAGUUUAGCUUGUGCUGGUGACCUCCCCAUGGCAUGCCAGAAACCAUUCUACCCAAGGAUUCUACAGUCAGUUAAGAUCAAGCAGCCCUCUGAUGAGUUAAGCAUUUUGCCAACUCAGUAUACGCUCUCUGUGCAAGAUCAGCAGCGCUCAAUAUAUGGGGAUCAAAGCUCUGCACAGCCUGCUCUUUUAACACCCUCACCUGGCUUCUACAGCCCACUUCCUGUAGCACCACCGGUACCACAGGCACCUGCUAUGAUGAAUCAGUAUGGGGUAAUGCCUUCUAUGGGACCAGUGCAGCCAACACCUGCACCUCCAACAGUUCCUCCUACUGGAGCUCUAGUAUCUGGAAGUUUUCGACGUGGAGGUCCUAGUCGAUAUGUCCAAGAGCCUGCACGAACUGCACUACCUACUAAUAUGCUUAACCCAGCUCAGCCUCCUCAACCUGCUCCUUUCCUACCACCCCCUAGUGGAACAAAUCCAGUUCAUCUUAAUCCAUCAAUGACUCCUCUGUCAGCACCAGCACCUCCACAGUUUUUUAAUCCAGCAGCUACUUCUGCAACAAACUCAAUGUAUGGAGACCAACAACAGCAGCAGCAGGUCCAUCAAACACCUGCACCUCCAUCAACCAAAACUCCAGCAGCCUUUGAUUCAUCAGUGCCACGGGGCUGGAAUGACCCUCCCCCUCCUUCGUCUUCCCGUAAGCAGUGUGCUGGAGAACCUAAGUUCCAUGGAGGUCACUCUGGAGACAAGAAGUUACUGAUGCUGAAGCAGGCUAAACUACUGCAGCAACAACAGCAGCAGCAUGAAACUCCAAAAGCACCUGAGCCAAUAAUGUGUCCUGUACCAGGUGCUAUUGCUCCUGACCUACCACAGCAAUUUAUGGGAUUUCAGCACCCACAGUAUGGAGCUGAAACACAUGCAGCAGGUGCUGGGCCAGCUGUACCUGUGGCUGCUGCUGCUACCCCUGAACCAGCUAGCAAGGGGCCAUUACCACUUGAGCACCAAGUUAUUCAAGAUGUGAUUAAUGAAGUCCAGAGCCGUUGUUUGCAUGUUGUUCAAAACCAGCAAAUGAAACAACGCCUUGAGGAUAUCAGUGGAAAAAUGGAAGUGUUAUAUGAUAAACUUAGGACUGGGCAGUUGGGCCCCGUUGCUGUGUCUGGAGUUCAUCGAAUUGUGAAUGCCAUACAGAAUGGUGAUUACCGAGGAGCACUUGGAGUCCAUGCAGAGACUAUCGCUAAAGGUAGCUUUUCAGAGCUUUCAUCUUUCAUGCCUCCCCUCAAACUACUUUUGCAGUAUUGUAUUCAGUUACAAGUUUUUCUUCAGUGAUGAUGAUGGAUAUUAAUAAGGAUUCAUAAUGCUCUACACCCAUAAAAUUACUUUUGAUACAAGACUAAAGAACAAU